AUAUGAGAUACACAACCGCCCUCCUCUCCCUGGCUGCCCUUGCCGCUGCCCAGGAUUGCGUCUCGAGCUUCGAUUCGUGUCUUCUUACCAAGGAUGAACCUACUUGCGUCUCCGAGCUCGCUAAAUGCAAGAACAUCUGCGCUGAGACCAACGACCAAUGCAACCAGAGUGGUGCUGGAUCCGCUGUCUGCCAGAAGAACUACAACUCUUGCUUGAACACCUUCCCCGUUAUCCCCGGUGGUUCGGACUGUGUUGCCAAGUACAUCAAGUGUGGCGAAUCUGGUCAAUCUGAAGCCACUUGCAAUGCUCAGAAUGCGGUCUGCAAGGACUCAUGCACCAACAUAAACUCAGCAUGCCUCUCGUCUGGCUCUGCUGAUGUUGCCGCAUGCACUGCUCAAUACAACGCAUGCUACUACUCGACCUCGGAUGUCAUUACCCUUGAUACCGUGGCCAAGUACCAGAACUGCCUCAACGCCGGCACCAACGUGACAGCCUGCAACGCUGAACUCACCAAUUUUAAGGACCAAUGCACAACCGUGCAAAGUACUUGCCUCGUCUCUGGAUCCGCCGAUGAAGCCUUCUGCUCGAAGAUUUCCAACGAAUGUUACUACAACGGCAGCAAGUGGACCAGACAGUCAUGCUCUGAUGCCUUCAAUGCCUGCACAAAGUCGGACUCGGAAUGCCGUGCAGAACUGACAUCCUGCAAAGAUUCUUGUAGUAGCGCAAACGCAGCAUGCCAAACCAGCCAAUUCGCUGAUGCUGAGGCUUGCUCUGCUGUUGCUGCCACUUGCUACGGUAGCCAGAACGACCCCAUCACCGACCCCAACAUUCUCGUUGCUUCUGCUUCCGGUUCCAGCACUCUGAGCUCUGUUGUUGCCGCCAGCACCGGUGGUUACACUUACUCCAACGGCACCACUGUUGGCAACAACGCUACUUCGACCCACACUCCUAUCGCUUACACCGGUGCCGCUUCCAAGGCUGGUGUUUCGGUUGCUCUUGCCGGCGUUUUCGCUGCUUACCUUCUG